ACAAAGAUGGCAGUGUAGAUUAAGGGAAGGACUAUCGAAGAGACUCUGUAGCAAACUGAUAACUUUUAGGCUUUCCGGCGAAUCCGGAUCGCGUCGGAGUGGCUCGGUUGCGAUCGGAAGGUGGACCGGAGGAGAAGAGCCCGGCUGGGUCUCGGAGAGUCGCUGUGCGCGUGCUGUCACGGCGGAUAACGGCACUAUACAACAGCCUGUUGUUUUGUUGAGGCUUAGCUGUUUUUUCUCCCUCUUCACAAGCUGAGAGCUGAAGCUUACCUGAGAGCUAUCCAAAAAAACACAGGCAUCCAUGCACGCCAAACCGCAGUAAAACACAGAUGAAUUUCUGCUCACUGUCCCAUAACUUAGUGUCAUAUUACCCAAAAUUUACCUAUUUGAACUGACGCUUGAUGGUUUGCAGCUGAGUGCAUUGUUGGCUGUCCAGACCCCCAUCAUUACAGGCCAAGUAGCUUGAAAAAUCCUGGAAAUCUCACCCUGACAAUCAGCGGAUCCUGUGCUCGGUCAGCCCAAAUAUCCCCCGUGACUCAGUCGGAUGUCUUCGAUGGAAGAGCGGAUGGAAUUAGGCGUCGCGGCCGCCCCGGGCUCCUCAUCCUCGGGUCUGGGUGUCGGUCCUGUGGGGGGCGCCCUGGACGCUGGCCCGGGGAGCGCCGGACUGGCGGGUAUCCAGGAGGAGUCCGGUGUGCGGAGAGACGGUUCGGGUUCCGAGGCCGACCCGGACGCGCCGCCCAAGAAGCGCGUGAGGCAGCAGGAAGGAGAAGCGGGGAAGCUCGAGGAGCGCCUGUACUCGGUGCUGUGCUGCACGGUGUGUCUGGACCUGCCUAAAGCCUCGGUGUACCAGUGUACAAAUGGGCACCUGAUGUGCGCAGGCUGCUUCAUCCACCUGCUUGCUGAUGCGCGUCUAAAAGAGGAGCAGGCCACGUGUCCCAACUGCCGCUGUGAGAUCAGUAAGAGUCUGUGUUGCAGGAACCUGGCGGUGGAGAAAGCCGUGAGUGAACUGCCCUCUGAGUGCAGCUACUGCCUCAAACAGUUCCCUCGAUCCAGCCUCGAGCGCCAUCAAACAGAGGAGUGCCAGGACAGAGUGACGCAGUGCAAGUACAAGCGGAUUGGCUGCCCGUGGCAGGGGCCGUUCCAUGAGCUCAGCGCUCAUGAGGCAGAGUGUUCCCACCCAUCCAAAACCGGCAUGGAGCUGAUGGGCAUCCUGGAUGAGAUGGACCAGAGCCAUCGCAGAGAGCUACAGCUCUACAACAGCAUCUUCAGCCUGCUGUGCUUUGAGAAGAUCGGUUUUACAGAGGUGCAGUUCCGGCCGUACCGCACUGAUGACUUCAUCACGCGACUGUACUAUGAGACGCCGCGCUUCACAGUGCUAAACCAGACCUGGGUGCUGAAGGCACGGGUCAAUGACUCGGAGCGCAACCCCAACCUGUCCUGCAAACGCACGCUGUCCUUCCAGCUCAUCCUGAAGAGCAAAGUGAACUCUGCACUGGAGUGCUCCUUCCUGCUCCUGAAGGGCCCGUACGAUGAUGUGAAAAUCAAACCUGUCAUCCAGCACCACGUCUUCUCCAACGACGCCAACGAAACCGAGUACGCCCUGCUGCCCAUCAGCGACAGCGUGGAGUGCAACAAGCUGCUGGCUGCCAAAAACAUCAACCUCCGCCUCUUCAUUUUUCAGAUCCAGAAAUAGAGGCACGAGACGACGGGAAUGGAAGAAACGGAUCAGAAGACAGUAGGAGGAAGAGGGGAUGGUGUGAACAAUGAAGAAGCAAAGAGGGGAGACAAGCACCACUGAACCACAGAUACCUCUACGAGAGCAAAAGAAGGAUGAAUACGACCCAUCAGUACUGCAGUAGAUUGUUUGUUUGUGUGUGAGUGUGUGUUGUUGCUGGUUAGCUUUCAGACCCUCUACAGCCAAAAAAAAAAGUCAACAGUCUCAUCCAGCACCCUGCUGAUGUCUCAUUGACAGAGCGGGACGGGCCUGAAUGAACAACACCAAGAGUCUGGGACUGUAUUUGUGUGUUUUUUGGGCCUGUUUGUAUGGAUGUCAAGUCAGUAAAGACCAACAAGAUGAGUGAUAUAAGGAACCAGGCUGAGCGAGUGCUAGAGAUAGAGACCGGUGUAGUGCAACCAAUCAUUCAGGCAGCGUUCAACUCUGCGUUUGUGUGUUUUCACUCAGUUUUCAGACCUUCCUCUCAAGGCUUUCCCACAGACGCUGCGGCGCAGUGGCCGCAACUGCUUUAAGUGUAUUUUUGUAUGUGAAGGUGGCCAUUUUCAUUGAAGUGCAGUACAGUUAAGCUGAACAAAAUGGCUGCUGAACCCACAACCCGAAGAAUGCGUUUUGCAUGUUUUUAGUUUUUCAGUGUGCUCUCUGGAAUGCACAGUUUUAGUUGUGUAGCAUAAAAGCCUUGUAAUCUAACUUAAGUUUGACCUUAUUAACAUGUUUAUUUAAGAACCUGUGAAUCUUGCCUUUCCCCCCACCUAUGAAUUGUUUUCCUCAUUAUCUUUUCCUGUUUAACCCCCCUGGUUUGUGAACACAGGUACAUUUCUCACUUCAUGAUGUCAUUGGGUUAUAGAUAUUUAUAUUUAUUGCUUUUAUUUAACCUGUAUUAAUAAAUGAGGUAACGAGAUUUCUCACUCACUGCGAGACUGGAAAGAUUUGAUUUUGAGCCAUUGUUACAGACCCCUUCCCUUCUUCCACCCUCAUCCACACACACACACACACACAGACAAAUGACCUUCUUUCAUACCUUCAUUAAAAAUGCACACACACACACACACACGCAAAGCUGGGGGUUACAAAAGAGCCAAUGGGGUGAUCGGAUCUCAGUUCGGAUGAACGUGGCUGUGACUUAGUUUUGACAUACUUGAAUUCAUGAACGACAGAACUACAAACAGUUGAGCUGAUCUGGCAGAGACUGUCACUUCUGAUUAGAGGAGUUUAGUUUAAACUGUUUCUGCAUUUAAAAGCUUUUAAUUCUCACUCUGGCUGUAUAUGUGCCUUUCUAUUAAAGCUCAUUUAAACUUG